AAUAUCACUUUACCCAUAGAUUUGCCUCUAAGGUGCUUAGAAAUGUAAAUACAUGCCAAAACGAGCUGCAGUAAUUUAUUUUGACGUACCCUAAACCGCCACUAGUUGCAUCAUUCGAAGUUUUGAAGAAGCGUGCCCAUUUUGUUAAAGACAGAGUGAGAGAAGAGCGUCUGAACUCGACUAAACAAGCGCGUAACAAAUCCUACUGGCAAACUCGUUCUUGUUAGAACGGAUCGAAGAAAAGAAAUUCAAAAUGACGACAAAAGAUGAACAUAAAGAAGAAAGCAGCACGUCAGAUGUUGAUGCUAUUACAUUGAACUAUAGAAUUGAUGAAACACCGCCAUGGUAUCUUGCUUUGUUGUUGGGAUUUCAGCACUAUCUUACAAUGUUUGGAGCAACAUUAUCGGUUCCAAUCAUCAUUGCACCAGCAUUAUGUGUUACGGAUGAUCUGGUUGUCGGAAAGCUGAUAUCUACCAUAUUCUUCACGUGUGGUAUAGCCACUCUUUUACAAACAACUUUUGGUAACAGGCUUCCAAUAGUUCAAGGCAGUACAUUCUCCUACCUGGUACCAACUUUUGCUCUUCUGUCCCUGCCUAAAUUUAAGUGUCCUCCAGGAUUAAAAGACAGCAACACUACCUUGGACUUAGACGAAGUUUGGAAAAUUCGUAUGCGAGAGGUUCAAGGGGCUGUCAUGAUAUCGUCUUUAUUUCAAAUCUUUAUUGGCUUUACCGGACUGAUCGGUUUUCUUUUGCGUUUUAUCGGUCCUAUAACAGUUGCACCGACAAUUGCAUUGGUUGGCUUGUCAUUGUUUCCAGUUUGCUCUAACUAUGCAGGUACUCAUUGGGGGAUUACAGUCUUAACAAUUGCUGUUAUCGUAAUUUGCUCUCAGUUUCUACCUCGGGUGAAGAUUCCUAUACCCACGUACUCCAGACUUAAAGGUUUUCAUACAACGGGUGUUGCUAUAUUUGGAUUGUUUCCCGUUGUUAUUGCAAUUAUUGUGAGCUGGAUAUUUUGUGCCAUCUUGACCGAGACAGAUGUUUUCUCUGCAACUUCAAAAGCCCGAACCGACUCAAGAUCAUCUGUACUUUCACAGUCUCCUUGGUUUAGAGUCCCAUAUCCCGGUCAAUGGGGAACUCCUACAAUCAGUUUAGCUGGUGUAUUUGGAAUGCUUGCAGGAGUGAUUGCAGGAGUGAUUGAAUCUGUUGGAGACUAUUACGCAUGCGCACGACUGUCUGGAGCACCACCGCCACCACCACACGCAAUAAACCGCGGCAUUGGUGUCGAAGGUGUUGCAUGUUUACUUGCAGGGGCAAUUGGUACUGGAAAUGCAACAACUUCUUUUAGUGAAAACAUUGGAGCCCUGGGCAUUACAAAGGUUGGCAGUAGACGAGUUGUUCAAUGUGGUGCAAUUCUUAUGAUUAUACUUGCAUUAAUUGGAAAAUUUGGAGCUUUGUUCUCUACCAUUCCUGAUCCUGUCAUCGGUGGAAUCUUUUGUGUUAUGUUUGGUCUUAUAACUGCCGUUGGAAUAUCUAAUUUGCAAUUUGUUGAUUUGAAUUCCGUGCGCAAUCUUUUUAUUAUUGGCUUUGCAAUUAUUAUGGGCUUGGUGAUACCAGAUUAUCUUAAUAAGAAUGCGGGUGUCAUUGAUACAGGUGUUGAUGAGUUGGAUCAAAUAUUCACAGUCUUAUUGAAGACAAGUAUGGCUGUUGGUGGUAUACUUGCUUGCCUCCUAGACAACCUCAUUCCAGGAACUGCUGAAGAAAGAGGAAUAAAAAAAUGGCGCAAGCUCACUGCUGAUCGAACGACAUCGAAUGUGGCAUCCAUUCAUGUUUACGAUCUACCAUUUGGCAUUUUCAAUAAGUCAAAGUUUUCUAAAUUUAUUCCGUUCUUGCCAUAUUACGAUGAUACAAUCACAAGUUUUGAUUUGACCGAAAGGGGAAGCAAUAACAUGGGAAUUGUCAUGUAAAUUCGAUGGUCAUCAACUAGGUCAUCACUCAGCUGGUUUUUAUAGCAUAAUUAUGUAUGUCAACAUAAGUUUAAAGUUUGUUCAAGUUUUUUAUUAUCUUAUUUCUUUAAAAUCGUUUAUAGCCAUGUAUAGAAAACUGUAUUCAUCACAUGAAAACAUUCACCAUAUACUUACUCGAAAUAAUAUUUCUAUUCUAUAAUACGAAAGUAAUGUUAAAUUAAAAAAUGGCUUUUCAAAA